UCCCGGCGCCGCCUCCCCUCACGCAGCUGAGGGCCAUGGAGGGCGGUGAAUCCCCCGCCGAGCCCGGCUCCGGGCCUGCCAGGCGCUUCCCGGUGGCGGCGGUGGAGGAGAUCCUGAGGGAUGUGCUGGGCAGCGCCCUGAGGGAGCGGCGCUACGAGGCGGGGCCGUGCCGGGAGGCGGCCAAGGACAUCGCCGAGGUCGUUAAGGCGCGGGUCAAAGCGCUGGAGGUGCCCAGGUACAAGAUCGUGGUGGUGGCACACGUUGGGCAGCUGGGUGGGCAGAGCCUGCAGAUCAGCAGCCGGUGCCUCUGGGAUCCCGAGAGCGACACGUUUUCCUCCUACGUGUUCAAGAACACCUCGCUGUUUGCCGUGGCAAAUGUCUACGGUGUGUAUUUUGAAUAGGGAGGUAGUGGAGUUUUUAGUAUUAAGAAAUUAAUAUUCCGGAGAAAUUAAUAUUCAGCCUAACUCUUCCUGGCUCUAAUAUUCAGCCUAACUCUUCCUGGCUCUAAUAUUCAGCCUAACUCUUCCUGGCUCUGUUGUUGAAAAUAUCUGUGAAGGACCCAGGUAUUCUCACCUGCUUUGAAAUGUGAGCCCUUGGGUGAGUGGAGUAAGGGUCUUUCCCAGAGUUUUCUCUGGGAAGUGGCUUUCCAUGGCACAGUUUUGCAGCUGAUUGCUACUUUCACAACUUGCUCUGUAGGGGAAAUACUUUCAGACUAUUGCCUAUAAGUAAUGUUUUUCCUGUUCUCCUCCAGGAAACACUCUUGGAAAUAUUUGGAUUAGGGAAUAAACCGUGGGUUUUGCCUGCCCACUUUUGGGGCUGGUACUGCUGGUCCUAAGUCUCUCCUGGUGCAGCCAUUCCCCACCGAGGUGGGUCUGGCUCACUUUGCUCUGAAUCUGAAACCAAACCUAUCACAAGCUGCUUAUUUUAUUACAUUUUAGGUGCAAAGCUGAAACCAGAACAGUAGUUAGUUGGGAAGUAAUACUUCAUGUACUCAUGACUAAAAGUUUAACCCACUGUAAACACUGUGAAGUGCAGACCACCUGAAGCCACUUGCUGGUGUGCACUAUGACAUUUAACACCCAAAAGCUACAAUUAAAGAACACAACUGAAAGGAC